UGUAGAAAACUUAUGACGUCAAUCCUCCACUCUAGAAACUCAAAACGUGCCCAGCAAUGAAUAAGAGUAAAAUUAAACCCAUCAAUAAAUGUAUAAGUGAUCGGUAUUCAUAUCUUCCUCAGGCCAAAGAGGCCAAGGUUAGAGCGAGAAAGGAACUUCAUGACGAACAGGAAGAUGAUUCUACAUGUAUCAGAUUUAAGGGAUCUAUAUUGAAUAUUGAGCUGAGGCAGCUGUCCGUAUAUUAUGAACCCGUGAAAAAAUAUAAUUUAGUAAUUUCCUUAAAAAAAGGUWAAUAUAAAUUUCCAUGCAGAUCAGACUUGGCCAUUUGAGACGUCCACGAAAUAUAAAUGUUCUCCACGUGCUAUAUUAGGUAUAGCUCAUACGGAAUCUCGCCAGUGUUCAUUGGCACUCGCACAUGCGGAGYUAUCAAAGAUGAGGAAGUGGUAGGGCCUGAUAGACYUUGCAACAUGUCCCAGCCCAGCAGGCACACCAUCGUUGCAAUUAUGCAGUUUGUAAAUACAAGGCCUUAUUUAAUGCAUAUCAAAUACUUGAUGAUUGAAAAGAAAACAAAAGAUUUGUUUUUCACGUGAUCUACGUCCAAUGAAAGUGGAAGUUCCAUGCCUUCAGUUACGACAUUAGUUCGAUUAGCUGUUGAAUGUUAUGCUCGAYGUAAUCUGAGAAAUCAUAAAGGUUGGUCCUUUGAUAGUCUUAGCGAGCUGUGAUUAUUAGUUAAAAAACAAGAAAAUCAUCUUAAUCGUCAAUGAAGAUGUUUUUUAUGCAGCCAUGCAUCAUGAUGCACGGAGCACCUGGAAAAACUUCCGGGUUUUCUUAUUUGCAUAAUUCCUCAUCGAGGGCUUCUGACUUCCUGUGUCACUAAGUGGAGCUCUACCACUGCAAGGCUGUCGUGAGCAGAGACAUGUCAAUAGCGUACAUCUCUCUUUUGAUAUUUUCUACAACCAUCAACCUCAGUGUAUUUGCAUUCUUCUUCGUUUGCCCAGUUGUGAAGCAUUGUUUUGAAAAGUSGACCUGCGCCGURAGUGAAAGGGUCACCAGACUGUUCGAUGAAAAACGAGCCUUUUUCUGCAGAUUUUUUAGGGACCAAGUAUUCAAUGCKUUCAUCUUCACGUGUGGUAUCAUCCUCCUCGGUACCACCGACGUUUUACAGAAACCAUUCAUAGAUACUUCUGAGCAUGCCUUGGCGGUGUUUUCUGUUAACCUUGGACACUAUGUAUACAGAUUCUUUCAAGACAUURUGUUGCGAAAAAUAAUUCCUUUAUUUAAAAUAAACUUACUUCAUCARAUUGUAACUAUAGCAACCUAUGCGGUUUARGUUUCGUACGGGCAGAAUGCUAUCUCCGGUAUCAUUGGACUGCUAUUUGAAGGAAGCUCUAUCAUCUUUGAAUUUGGUGGAUUUUUAAAAGCUUUGGGCAUUAGGGAGAGCUCGCCAAUUUGCAUUUCCUUGAUGAUCAUCGGGUGUAUCUUGACUGUUGUAUUUAGAGGAAUAUGUCCUGUUACAAUGUUAAUACUAGUCUUACUAAAAGCGAAUCCGCUGCAAAUGGCAUACGUUCCUCUGGGAUUUUUCUUUAUGAAUAUAGUAUUUUUCUCCGUGGUUAAUGUCUUAAUAAUGAAGACCGCAUUUGAAAGCCUGCGAAGAAGACUUUUCUCAAGAAGA